AUGCUCCAGGCGGGCCUCGGGAAGGCGCGGGGGUUGGGGGCGGAGGUCCUCCGGGCGCGGGCCUGGCAAGGAGAAGCCUCGGUCAGGAGCCCCAGCCUCCUGCCAGCCCGAAGCCCCCUCCCCUCUUUUGGCACGGGAUCGCAAUGGCUGCUGCAGUGUUAUGCCUGUCAGUCCCUGUACAUGGGGGAGCGCUGCAAGCAAGUUCAAAACUGCGUCCACGGCCACAGCUUCUGCAAAGCCAUCAUCUCCCACAGGAACACGGAGUCGGGUCCUCUGACCACCUACUCCGCAUGGUGUGCAGACACGUGUCAGCCCAUCACUAAGACACUGGAAGGGACCCUGAUGACCCUGACCUGUUGCCAGUCCACUCUCUGCAACAUCCCACCCUGGCAGGACCCCCCAGGCAACGGAGCCGGUAGCCCCCAGGGCAGCCCCACGAUGGUGGCUCUCCUGCUCAGCCUCCUUCCCGGCCUUCAGGCCGUGGGGUCCUGAAUGCGUGGUCCCACCCCCACCCCACUCACACCCUGGAUGGCCAGCACUCUGUCCAGUGCCUUACCCACCUGGCUCCCCGUCCCAGCUUUGAUGAAUAAAUUUGGAGCAUCUUUAAUG